AACGCAAUCAACGCGCUGGAGGCCUAGCGUUGCUUUACCCUUUUAUCUUCCUUCCUUCCUUCUCUCACACUCUCUUCAUUCUCUCUCUCUCAGCUCUCCCUGUCUCUCUCUCUCUCCACAUUCUCUCUCUCUCUCUCUCAAAAAGAAAAAAGCGAACCAGAAAAGGAAAGGAGAAGACACUUGUUUCUCACAGCUUGCCUUUGAGAUCUCUAGCUCAUCUACCGAGAUUGCGCUCCUACUUGACCAAUGCUUGAGAUUUGAACUCAUCUUCUUCAGAUUGGAUUAUCUUUAAAUGCAAUUGAAGAGGAAAUUUGGUCUUGUGCAAUAAUAAGUAAGAUUAAGAUCCCUCUGACUUUGAGAUAAGCUGGUUGAAAUGGAGGGAGCUAUUGGUGCCAAUGUGCUACUUGAUUAUGCUGAAUUUCGUACUUUUCCAAGCCAAAACAGGUACGAGGCAUGUGCAUGCAGUGGCAACAAAGUAGAAACACUAGCAUCUGGGCUUCUGGAGCAACUAUUGCAGCAUUUGCCCAAAGUAAGAGAUUUGUGUUCAAAAGGAUCAAAUGCUAAUUUCAGAUUUCAACCACCUGAAAAUCUUAAUGGUGCCAAAUGGUUCACAAAGUCCACAUUUACAAGAUUUCUGCAAAUUGUUGGUUCACCAGACAUGCUAAAUACCACCAAUGCUAUUGAAAAUGAGAUAUCUCAACUGGAGGAAUCGAGAAGAUUUCAUCUUUCUUUAUAUGCCAAGGAUCAUCAAAACAAUUUUGGAAGUGGGAAAACAGAUGAUGGCAACUCUAAUGGCGUGGCGCCGAUGCUGAAAGCUGAAGAUGAGAUUUUGGCAUCAGAUUCGUCAAAAGUAAAUACUGCCAGGAAUGAAUUGGUACGAGCAAUGGACUUGAGAAUCACAACAUUAAAGGGGGAAUUAGCCACUGCUUUUAAAGCUGCUGGUGCAAUGAGUUCUCUGGAGGAUUUCACUGAAUUAGAAAAAUUCUCUCAACAUGUUGGUGCUAUAGAAUUAAGAAACUCUUUGUCCAAGUUUCUAGAACUGAGCCAAAAGAGCCCGAUUGUUGAUUUCCCUAGAGAUGAGAAGUCCCAUCUCACACAUGCUUCAAGUAAUGACACUAUCAGCAAGACAGAAAAGGAUACCAAGAUACCUAAAUCAUCACACUCAGUUUCACAAGUAAAAUAUGGUGUCUCCCCUGCAAAAGUGGCACAGGUUGAGCGGCAGAGCUCUACAGAAAGUGAAGAAUCUUCUUGCUCAAGCGAGGAUGAUCAACCAUCUGUGGAAAGAAGUCGUCCUCUUAUUAGAUCUGCUUCACCUAGAAGGUCAGCAUCUCCAAUGCGGAGGGUCCAAAUAGGGCGAUCUGGGUCACGCAGGGCGGCUGCACUAACCAUUAAGAGCCUCAAUUAUUUUCCUGCCAGAGAAAGGACGUUCUCCCAUGGAGAUGCAGCUGCAAACAGCAGUGAAGAGGAAGGGUCCGAGCAAGCCCCUAAAAAAUCUGAGAGUAACAUACGUCGAAUGAGCGUGCAAGAUGCAAUCAAUCUCUUUGAAAGCAAACAGAGAGAUCAAAUUGUUGAUACUCAAAAGAAGAGGUCACUUUUAGAUACCUCCAUCAAUGCAAAUAAAUCUGUCCUAAGAAGAUGGAGUGCAGGUAUGGGGGAAGGUUCCGUCCAAUCCCUCCCAGAAAUUGUUUCUGAAAAUUCUGUUCCAAUCACCCCUAAUAACUUAGAGGGUGGAGAAAUUCCAAACAGUUCAAUAGAAGUAAAACCAGAAUCUGAUGGAGGUUACAAUCUUAUUGAGAGCUCUGAAGUAGAAAUAAAAUUAGACACAUCUGAAAAAGGAGCAUCUUUUCCGAUAGGUAUUCAAUCAGAUAAUCUCGUAACCCCCACAGAGGAAAGUAGUGAAAAAUUGACUGCCUCAGCUGAAUGGAAUCGGCAGAAGGAAGCAGAGUUGAACCAGAUGCUGAUGAAAAUGAUGGAAAGUAAACCUGUAAAAUAUAGGAAUACAGUGCCUGAUAAUUGCAGAAGACAAAGUAUUCCCUCUGAGCAUAGGGGUGGAUUCUAUGAUCACUACAAGGAAAAGAGGAAUGAAAAACUUCAAGGAGAAGCAGCUGGAAAGCGUGCAGAGAAAGAAGCACAACUUAAAGCGAUGCAGCAAAUUCUUGAUGAAAGAAAAGCUGAAAUGGCCUCUGCGAAUAGAACUGAUGUCAGUAAAAAACAGUCUCUGGGUAAGCCCCAAAAACCACUUAAGAAUAUAUCUCAAUUGGCAAAUCCCAAAAAGGAAACGGUGAAACCUGCUGUUGUGAAGAAAGCUUCAUCUAAAGCAACACCCUUGCCUGCUACCCGGAAGUCAUGGCCAUCUACACCAUCGCCAAGAGCCACUGGGGUAUCACCAGCUAAAACUCCUGGUGGGACCCCUUCUGCUGGCACUACACCUACUCGUCGGAAACCCCAGCCAGUGUCAUCAGUUCCUCGGUCAAGCCCCAAAGUGGAAAAACCCCAGCAGCGGCCAAAAAAUGUGAAAGCAACCCAGAGUUAUGCUAACAAGAGCGUAAAAGGUGUGAAUGAGAAGAAGCAGCAAACAGUGACAAAAAGUGGGAAACCAACAAAAACAAAAGCUCAGACAAAUUCUGGAGAUCAGUCUUCCAUGGUUUCGGCAAAGCCUAGUUUCUAUAGCAAGGCAACCAAGAAGAGCAGUGUGGUACCUCUGGAGGCGAAACCUUUUCUUCGUAAAGGUUCAAGAACUGGUCCUGGUGUUGGUGCCACUGUUGCUAAGACAAAAGUCUCUUCUCAGCCUGAGGAAUCAUUUAAAAGUUCUGAAAAUCUGAUCCAACCCCAGGACCAUGAGGUGCUUGCUGACACUUCUGUUCUGAUCAAUCAGCAGCAGGAUAGGGACCUUGAAGCACUUGAAAUUCAUGCUGAUUCAGAAUCGGAAACUCAAGUAAAUAGCCAACAGAAGUUUGAUGACACACAGAGCUCAGAUCAAGUUAUUGCCAAUGAUGAUGACAGCUUUAAAGGGAGGGCAGAGUCUGCAUUAAGAACUGAAGCGGAAGAAGAAUCAAUCAUUUCCCCAGCAGCAUGGGUUGAAAUAGAAGAGCAUCACGAGCUGCCUAUUCCAUGUGACAAUAGCACAUGCCAAAAUUCAUCUCCAACCAAUGUUGCUCCUAUGACAAUGUCAAGUCCACGUGUUCGACACUCGCUAUCGCAAAUGCUGCUGGAGGAGAGCAGUGAACCGGAUGUUACUGAGUGGGGAAACGCUGAGAAUCCUCCUGCCAUCAUCUACCAAAAAGAUGCACCCAAAGGAUUGAAGAGGUUGUUGAAGUUUGCUCGAAAGAGUAGGGCAGAUGCAAAUUUAACUGGUCUGUCUAGCCCAUCUGCCUUUUCCGAAGGAGAGGAUGAUGCCGAGGAAUCUAAAGCUGUUAAUAAGAAAAAUGCUGACAAUCUACUCAGACGGGCCGCCCUUCAUUCGAAGAACUAUGGACAACAACAAACUUCACUAAGUGAAAGUUAUGUGAGAAAUUCAGCUACAGAUGAAGUAUUUUCUGCUCAGUCAAAUAUGGGUAAAUUCGCGGCUCAGAGUUCUUCUCACAAGUUUCAGGAUGCCGCCGCCACAACUAAAGAUUCCAAUGCUGUCUACUAUUUUUGUGUUUCAGCAACGAGGUCAUUCUUCUCUCUUUCAGCAUUUAGGGGCAGCAAACCGAAUGAGACAAAGCUUCGCUAAUGCUAAGGAAGAACUUACAAGUACGGAGAGUUGUAGCAUAUGCCCUUCCCUCCGUGGCCUUAUACCAGUAGAGCUCGGCUCAAGGCAAAUGUUUCUCUCUUCCUCUUCCAUUCACUCUGUAAUUUUACUUCAGAGGUCAGGGAGCAUUCACUGUACUUCUGCAUGUUGUUUCAGUGAAGAUGAUUUUUGUUUGUUUUUAAACACAUUUAUGAUCAGAACAACAAAUUUAUAUUAUAAUGUCUAGUCAGCUGACCUUUUUGUUUAUAUGUUUUUAUGAACCCAGUGCAUAAUGUUAACUUCUAAAUAUAUAAACUUCCCAUACCUUUGGAGA